GGGCCAUAGCAAGCUUCGCGCGAAGCAUCUCGGGGAAACUGGUCAACAUCCACAGUCUCCAGUCUUGAGUCUUGACCGUGGACAGGACGAGAGGACUUUGUGGUCAGCGAUGGAAUCAUCCGGGCAAGCUUCGGAAACCUGGCCACUUAUUCAGGAGUGAUGGUCAGUCGGCUAGAAAAUCAAUUGUGGCUACGAAUGUCAAGGCACGGAAACUCUCUCUGGAGAUUUGUAAGAUUCGCUUGUGCUGGGUAUUCCGGAUACAACGGCCAAGGCAAGAGCCUCGAUUGGUUAAUCGUUGCAAGGUUUUCCUUCUCUGAUCGGAUCGCAGGUCCAUCUAGGGCGUGACAGAGUCUAGAAGGCGAGAUGAUGAUAUUGAGGAUAUCUUUCUCUCGAUACAUCGUGCGACCCCGUUGCUCGAGGUCCGUGCAGCGGAAGUUGUGCAGCGACUGCUGAAGUUCUGUGCUGGACUUCCGCGUUGUACCAGAGCUGCUUACAACUCUCAGAAUUGGGCAUUAUAAAUGUCUCUGCAAAUAAAUCUUCUUCAGUGUAAGCCACUGCAGAGUCUUGAGAUUCAAUUGAGAGAGAAAGAGGGAGGAGAGAGCUCUCAAUCAGAGCGUCAAAUCUUGUUCGCUGUCCGAAUUUGGACUGGUGAGUUUGUCAACAGCGAGGAAGGUUAUAAGGCAAGAGCAAGUGUCGCGUAAGCAAUGGCGAUCAAGAUUCAUGGACGCCAAUUGUCUCCUUUAGUGAGGGUUGCGAUGCUAGCCAUGAGCGAGAUGAAUGUUGAGAGUGAGAUCAUCGAGGACGACAUGCGUAGUCCAGAGUACUUGGCAAAAGUCAAUCCCUUCGGAAAACAUCCAGCGGUUGAGUUCGACGAUUUUAUUUUAUACGAAAGUCGAGCAAUUUUAAGAUAUGUUGCGACCAACUACGGGGGACUGCAUCUGCUCGGAUCAACUCCCAAGGAGAAGGCAAUGGUGGAUCAGUGGGUUGAGGUGCAAGGGUGCUACUUCGAGCCUCCGGUUCGGAGUCUUGUCACGGAAUUGUACUUUUUUCCUAAGUUCUUAGAAAGAGUACCGGACGUAGCGGUUGUGGAAGAGAAUCUCAGCAAGUUUGAGAAGCUUCUGAACAUUUAUGACGCUCAGCUGGCCAAGACCAAGUACUUGGCAGGAGACUUCUACUCCAUGGCAGAUCUGGCUCACAUUCCUAUGCUGCACAGAUUCGUGGUCAGCUCGGGAAAGGAAAGUCUGGUUACUAGCCGCAAACAUGUCAAUGCUUGGUACGAAACUAUCACUUCUCGGCCAGCUUGGAAGAAGAUAGUCGAACAAUAUCCAGAUGUCUGAAAUCACUGUCGAAUUGAAGCUGCAUUGGAUCAUUGAUGAGUGGUUCAAGUGCAAAUUAGAUGGAGAAAUGACCAGCGGCCGCUAAGACCCUUAGUGAUUACCUUCAGGGAUUUCCUGCAUAGUUGAAUUGUUGUUUUGACAAAUCAUCGCGCAAAGUAGGAGCUUUGGUGUAGAAGAGAAUCUCCCCUAUCGAGCAUGGAGAUCUAAGAUAUCCCCAUCAUUUUCUGAAACUCAGUUGACUUUAUCACUAUAACUGUCACAGAACAGGUGUGGACCUAAAGUCGAUUGACAUCUGAGAUGCUGAUAAAACGUGAAUUUGGAUGUUACUGUUAUAAGCUUAAUCAAUUGGAAUGAUUAUCGACUGUGGUCAAAAUCAGUAACUUUUCUUCUUGGCCUUUUUAUAUUAUUCCUUAUCCUGCAAACUGGAGGUCUUCCUCUGUCGACGGCCGUAACAAAAAUGCACUCGUUCACUUCAACCCUUCACGUUGCAAUUUUGCA